CAUGCGACCUACCACUCUGCGACUGCUCCGGUUACCAAGGCCUCCAGGCUCUGUAGCCUCCUCCGUCUUACCAAGGCGGAGUUAUGCGAGGUGGAAAACUGAAGCUGACCCGGACUGGAAAGCUGAUCCCACAAAUGCACGCAAACGAUCUACGUUGUCCAAGGCCGACUAUCCACCAGAAGUGGCUGCUUGGAUUUAUGACAAGAAGGAAUCAACGUCCGCCCUCCCUGGUGCAUCAGAAAACUCUGGGCCAAAACAUAAGGAACUCCAGGCCCUGGAAAAGGCAUGUCAAGAAGGAUCUUGGGCAAAGGCUGUGGAGUUACAGCGGGAGCUCGCAAAGGACCCAUCGCUGGAUAGUCCUGACCUAUCGCGCCUUUCCUUGCAGAUACUUCAGGGUUUGUUGGCCCAGGGUGCAGAAAACCAGGACGACGUUGUAACCGCGGACGAGUUUUUCGACAGGCUGAGAGAGCAGGAGAGAGCAGAGAGUACACAUUGGGCAGCCAUGAUAUACGCCGCCAUAAAUGGCUCGACACCAAAUCCGAAGAAAGCUUUAAAGUUAUGGGAGUUAUGGUCGGCGGCGAAUAGGAAGUCCCUGUGGAUAAGAGAAAACAAUUCGCAUCGGGUAGUAGAGGCAGCAUAUACAGCUCAUGUUGCCGCCGAGCUCAUGGUUUCAGUGCAAGACAACUAUCUUUUGGCUGAGCACGGAGAUGAGGCUACUGAGACCGAUACAGUUUUGCGAGCCAGGGACCUCUUGUCUGACCAGGAGCUGAAAAAGGAAUUCGACCCAUUACCGAUUCCAAAUCCGGAAGUGAUGGAAAAAGUGCUCAAUGAACAACGAUUAUCACCAUCAUUCAUUCGACACGUCGUUACCCAUGCACAGAGGCUUAAGCGUGGUGACAAACGAAUCAACUCGCCGCAGUUUCACGGCCUCGUGAGGAUUUAUUGUAGCGCAAGGAAGCGCAAGCGGGUACUCUACGAGUACGAAUCGGCAAAGGCUCAAACAGAACCCAUGUCCGAACGCACUUAUGCGGUAUUCAUUUCCGGGUUCUUCCUCUGCCACGAAUGGCAGCUGGGAAUGAAGGUUUGGCAAGAUAUGAUCAAGAGCGGGGUGCGACCAACAGUACUAUCAUGGAAUGCACUCAUCGUUGGCGCGGGGUAUCUGGGAAACCUGGUGGCUCUCCGCGAGACUUGGGCAAAGAUGCAACGGUCAGGUUUCGUGCCGGAUGUGGUUCUCUGGUCUUCAUACAUCAAGGCAUUCUUCGUAUGUAAAGAUACCCAAGGUGCUUUGGACGCCAUCAGUGGCAUGGAGGAAGCUGGUGUGCAAUGGAACAGCGUCACACGGACCAUCAUCGUUGACGGCCUUGUGCGCCACAACCUCCCCAAGGAAGCGCGACACGUCCUCGAGGUUUCGUUAAAGCAGGGAAUGCCACCAAACGUCCGUGUCUACAACGUGUUUCUUCGCGAUUGUUUGGACUAUGGCAAUUACCCACAUGCGUCAUUUGCCACUCGUAUGCAAAACGCCCACAAAAUUCUUGACGAGAUGACAUUGCACAACAUCACUCCGGACGAGGCGACCUAUACAACAUUGAUUGGCGGCAUCGCCAGGUGGGGUCGAAAUCCAAAGGCCCUCGAGGCGAGUAUCGACGCUAUUCUCAGACGUAUGGUUGAAGCUGGCCUAGCACCAAGUGUUGUCACCUAUACCACGGUCAUCAACGGCUUGAUAGAGGGAGCCGACCCCGCUUCCUUUGAAAACUAUCUUGUGGCGGCUGAGCAUAUGUUCCGCUCGAUGCUAGCCACUAAGAAGAUAGCGCCCAAUGUUCAAGUAUUCACCGCCAUGAUCAAGGGGUACAUGUUCGCUGGCCGCACCAAGCAGGCAACGGAGACGUACGCUAUGUUGCAAAAAAUGGAUAUUUCACCAGACUUACCAAUCUUCAACACUUUCAUUCGAGGAUAUUCACGCGUGGAGGACCUCGAUGGAAUGAUAUACUGGCAUGAAAAGAUGCUUGAUUACGGAUACAGGCCGAAUAAGAUCACUUAUUCGUACCUGUUCAACGGAUUGGCCAUGAUUAAGACUGCAGAAGCUAGACGGUGGACGGAGAAGUUCCUUGGGGACAUGAUCAGAGAUGGAUUCCUUGUCGAGAGUCCUAAACUGAGCACCGCCAUUGUGAAGGCGACAGGGCGACCGCCGGACCCCAGACUGCUGCCUUCUAAUGCAUCAAAGAUGGAUGAGGAUGAGGAGUUAGAAUAG